CGUUUCAUUUCACAUCUCCGUCUACCUUCAGCUCCCAUUUCUCGAGCUAAAACCCCUAAAAACCCUAAAAAAAAGCCAUGAGACGAACCUUCCUAAAACACGCCCAUUUCUACACUCGCCGUGUCAUCUCUCCUCCCAAACCCUUCACUUCUCCUCGAAUCUUCAGACUCUUCUCUUCCGAAAAUGACAACAACAACAACGAAAAUGACCGCCCUAUCUCCGAAUCCGCCCUCAUCCAAUCUCAACCGUCCAACCUCCCCUCCACCGUCGAAGAUAUCGAAACCAAAGAGCUCAAAGGUCGGAUCCAGAAGUACCUUGAGGGUGACGAGGAAGCUCUCCCAUCGAUCAUUGAGGCGAUCCUGCAUCGCCGGAUGUCGGGGAAGCAUGAGGACACUGAUGACGAGUUGAUGGAGAAACUCCGGAUGACACCACUGGACGAUGUCACAGACAGGGAGUUUGAGUCAGAUUUUGAUGAGAUCUAUGAGACGGAUGAGGAGAUCGAUAAUCUGUACAAUACACGGGAGUAUGUUGAGAAGAAGAUGGCACAAGAUGAGUAUUUCAACAUGGAUGAUCAGAAAUGGGAUGAGAUGAUAAAGGAGGCAACGGAGAAAGGGUUCUUGAAGGACACGGGCGAGUGUGAACGUAUUCUUGAAGAUAUGCUCAGAUGGGAUAACCUGCUUCCAGAUGAGAUCAAGGAAAAGGUGGAAGCCAAGUUCAAUGAGCUCGGGGAUAUGUGUGAGAGAGGAGAGAUUGAACCCGAGAAAGCUUAUGAAUUGUUCAAGGAGUUCGAGGAUAAGAUGGUGCUAGAAUGCGGAGAGAUGAUGGCAGCAGAGCAGCCUCCCGAGGAUGAUGAGAUUUCUGAGGCAUCCAAGAAGAAGCACCUAGACGACCCACCUGGUGAGGGGCCCAUCUUGCGGUGGCAAACACGUGUAGUCUUUGCUCCUGGUGGAGAUGCAUGGCACCCGAAAAACAGGAAGGUGAAACUUUCAGUCACUGUGAAAGAGCUUGGGCUUUCGAAGCAUGCUUUCCGCCGACUAAGGGAAGUGGUUGGAAAGCGGUACCAUCCUGGAAGAGAUGAACUUACAAUAACCAGUGAGAGAUUCGAACAUCGGGAAGAGAACAGAAAGGACUGCCUGAGGACUCUGUAUUCCCUGAUCGAGGAUGCGGGGAAAGCAAACAAGCUGGUGGAGGAGACUCGAGCUUCUUUUGUCAAAGAGAGGCUCAAAGCUAAUCCAUCAUUCAUGGAGAGGUUAAGAGCAAAGGCUGCAACAAUGCAAGGAUCUAAUAUUGUCUCUCCUUCCUAAGAUUUAUUCAAGGAUUGACAGCAGAUGAUAUGUUUCAAGAUCUUAGCUGUGGGAUUGUGGUGGGCCUGUUUGACAUGGGCAUUUUUCCAUGAAAAAGAAUUAGUUAGUGGAGGAUGUUAUAUUUCAAGUCUUAGCUGUGAGGGUUGUGAUGGGCCUGUUUUAAGUGGCUCCCUUUUUCAUGAAAAAAAGAGCUGUUAGUGAUUCCAUGUCAAUCACAGAUUUUGUAAUGUAAGGAUGAAAUAUUUCUAGGCAUGGGCCUUCUUGGCUCGUUGCUUGAUAUUAUUAAACAGGCUGUUGUUUUGCGUUGCUUGUCUCGACAUGUACUUUUUCUAUUUUCUAAAAUUAUUAAAAUAUACUCUUUUAAUGUUC